AUGUCUUGCCACUGGCUCCUCAUCACGUUUUGGUUCAGCCCGGUCAGUCUCCAGUACAUCACCACAGGGGGAAUUGAACCCAUGGUUGAGAACCCUCAGAGCAGUCCACCCUUCUCCCUUCCCUAUAUCAACUAUCUCAGUCCUGUUUCGCAAAACAACGACGCUGACGGCCAAGCCGACACAUUAAAUGACAACUUCAACGAAUUCUACAACAGACCAGAGCCAGACCUUCAAAGAAGAAGACGAGGAGUAAACUAUGAAGAAUCAUACUGGUAUUCAGAUCUCACUGACAAUGACAAAGGCUACGCAAGUAAUGAAGAUAACGAAAUAACCCAAAAACCAUUACUCGCAACGUACAAUUUAAUAACUGAUGAUAAUGCGACGGAGAUGAUGUUUCCACUCGAUAAAAAGAACUUCAGUCCUUGGGGGGGAAAGAGAAAGCAGAGGGCCGAUGCAGAGGCCACAUGGACCUGGAAGAGAUCUAACGGUUUGAGAGAACCAAGUAUGCCAAAGCGAGUACGCUUCAGCCCUUGGGGAGGCAAACGGAGCGGGCAGAUGAUUUUCAAGCCAAACUCUAAGAGUACGAGGAUUAUUUACGCGUCUGCCUUGCCAGAGUUGACUGGUAUUGUCUCGAAUUUGUCCCCAACAGGCAAAACAUUUAAUUGGGCUGGUCUACAAUUGAUACCCACUCAUAAUCUGGCUAAAAGACAUCCAGCCCAGGGCCUCGCUUACAGCUCACCGUUGCAAGGAAAAUUGUUGCGAGACGCGUUACCGUUCAAGGCAUUCUUCGAACUGAUGCCCAAGACUUUCAAACCUGGACAUCCAUAUUACGAUGUGAACCUGAAGAAAGAUGGAAAGAGAAAGGUGAAAUUCAGUGCGUGGGGAGGUAAACGCUCUCCGCCAAUCAUAGGGCCCAUUUGGACCCCCACUCCUACUGAUAUUAAAGAGUCGACGCUUAACAGCAUCUUGUUAAUACGAAGCCGCGAUAACUUGAGAGACGUAAAGGCAGUGUAAUAUGGACAUUUUCGAAAAUUUUAACUCCUGAACUUCAUAAUUCGAUGUUUGUAUUAGCUUAUAAUUAGUGCCAUAUGUGAAUAGGAACAGACCAUAAAAGACAAAA